AUGUUCGAUCUUGCAUUUAGCAAGGAUGGUGACUACCUGUAUAUGUCCGGAACGACCUGUGACUGCAUUGUUCUUAUUUACAAGAUACUACUUGACGGCAAUCGCCUAGAAGGCAUUAACCAUGUGGCUACACCGAAGUACAAGCUCACUGACCGGGAUGGUUCUGAGUUUGAUUCUGUGCGACUAUUGCCGCAAAGAUCCUCUCAGGGCUGCUUUAUUGGCACGUCCCGCCUUAAUAGUCUGCUUCUCUGGCAGGCUGUCAAAAGCAAUGACGGGAAUUUAUAUAUUUUGAAGACUGAGACCUACGGAAAGGUUAUCGCUGCCGCGACGCAAGGCAGCCGAAUCCUGCUUUUGAUUAAGAGAAAGGGCCUGUAUCAGUAUGACAUCGAGCGAGGGACGUCCGGGCCGCGGCUCUGCAACCAAUCUUAUCUCGGCAACCCCAAAUUCAAACGCGAGCCUGCAGAAAAUGCAAUCGUGCGUAUAUUUAGCCUCGGAAAUUGCGUGUGGGUGUCGGUUUUUUAUGCCAAAGGGGAAGCUGAGGCUUUCGAGUUUUUGCCGCUCGACCGGCCUUCCUUGGAUCCGAGAUGA